AUGUCUGCUUCUCCCUCGUCUACAACCGGUGGCGACCAGUCCCAGAGCGUUGAUCAAAUCCACUUUCGAUUCUGUCGCGAAUGCUCUAACCUCCUCUACCCAAAAGAAGACCGCACGACGAAUACGUUGAUGUUCUCCUGCCGAACCUGUCACGUCGGCGAACCCGCAACCUCACACUGUGUUUUUCAGAAUAAACUCAACAGCCAAGUAGGCGAUACAGCAGGUGUAACACAGGAUGUUGCGUCUGACCCUACGGUUGGUCUUCCUUUCUGCACUCUCUGCGGAGAGCAGAUCACUUUUGAGCAGAGUGACCAAUCUGGCGACGAUGAAUGCCAGAUGGACCUCGAGCAGGCUCUACAGUUAUUAUGA